GUGAAAGGUGAAAACUAGAUGAACCCAGGCAGAUCAGGAGAAUGCUGAGAUCGCUUCUCAAAAACUAACAAAUGGUGGAUCAUAGCGCUGUCUAAAUCUUAGUUUCUCCUCUCUGAUCUUCUCACGUGGUUCGUUUCUCGGCGUUUCUUUUACUCAUCGGAAUCUGCUUGAUCUCCCCCCUUCGGAUUUUAAUUGCUCGAUUCUAAAUCCUUUUCUGGUCCCAUUGCUUCUGUUCAGUUGCCUCCUCCAGGAAGUCACAUUACAGGAUGGCUGACGUUGGGAAAGUGCUGUAUAUUGUGGUGGUUGACGAGUAUGAGCAGAAAGCGAAGGGCAAGGAGUCAUUUCGGUAUACACGCCCUGUUCUGCAGAGCACUUUGCAGUUCAUGGGAUGCAAAGCGCGACAUGCCUUUAAGAUCAGUAAAAGGGUGUUUGAACUCACAAGGAGCGAGAGUUUUCCUGAUACUUUGCUGCCUGAAGGAAUUUUAACAUCAGGAAUUGGUGCAGCUGAGGAGAAUUUUGAGAUAGAAGGUGGUCAUUAUGCUGGUGCUAAAGCAGAUGUACAGAACAACUCAUUCUCGGGGAAAGCUAAUAGAAUUAAGAGUGCACUAUAUGAGUUGUACAAAAGGCGCACAACUGCAGUGGUUCGCAGAGAAACAUUUUUAGAUAUUGUCUGUGCAGCUCUGGCUGAAUAUAAGUAUGUGGGACCCAACCAGAGAUCAGAUCUGGUUCUAGCAUGCAGAAUCCGAGAACGGAAGGAAUCUGUCACAAUUCUGCUGUGUGGCACCAGUGGCUGUGGCAAAUCCACUUUGUCUGCAUUGCUGGGUAGUAGGCUGGGAAUCACAACAGUGGUGUCAACUGACUCCAUUAGGCACAUGAUGAGAAGUUUUGUCAGUGAGAAAGAAAAUCCCUUGUUAUGGGCUUCUACCUACCAUGCAGGCGAGUGCUUGGAUCCUAUUGCUGUUGCUGAAGCAAAGGCUAGAAGGAAAGCCAAAAAGUUGGCUGGUGUGUCACAUUCAGUUCCCAAGGGUGAAGUAACUGAGGGUGAUAAUCCUAAGAAAUCUGAUGGACUGACGCUGGAUGUGGGUCCUACUAACACAGAACUGCUAAAUCCAAAACAAAUGGCUAUUGAAGGAUUUAAGGCACAGAGUGAGAUGGUGAUUGACAGUCUUGAUAGGUUAAUCACUGCCUGGGAAGAACGGAAAGAGUCCGUUGUUGUUGAGGGUGUUCACUUGAGCCUCAACUUUGUUAUGGGGCUAAUGAAGAAACAUCCUUCAAUCAUACCGUUCAUGAUAUACAUUACAAAUGAGGAUAAGCAUUUGGAACGAUUUGCUGUGCGUGCAAAGUAUAUGACUCUGGACCCAGCAAGAAAUAAAUAUGUAAAGUAUAUCCGAAACAUCAGAACAAUCCAGGAUUACCUCUGUAAGCGUGCUGACAAGCAUUUAGUUCCAAAAAUAAACAACACUAAUGUUGACAAGAGUGUAGCAGCCAUACAUGCUACUGUCUUCAGCUGUCUUCGUAGGCGUGAAGCUGGGGAACUACUGUAUGAUCCUACUAGAAAUACUGUCACUGUCGUUGAUGAGGAAUAUAGAAAUCAAUGUGCUGCCAAUUCCUUGAGCUCGAAAGGAAUGUUUCAGUUGAUACAGAGACAAGGGUCUUCAAGGCAUCUGAUGGCCCUCGUUAAUACAGAUGGGUCUGUGGCAAAAGUUUGGCCUGUUAAUUCCGUUGACAGUUAUGGGAACCCAGUAUGGGGUGAUGGAUCGGUGCAGGGAGUAGGUUGUCCAAUGUAUGAACCUUUAACGAUUGGCAAAUCUGAACCUGUAAAUCUUCCGUUUGGUUUGUACGGGAUCAGUGCAUGGCCUAGUGAUGGUGGUACCAGUGGUGCCGGAAGUGUUGAUGAGUCAAGGGCCGAUGGGACUGACACUGGCAGCAGAUAUAUGUCCUCUUGCUGCAGCUCACCAAGAUUGUCUGAUGGACCUGCAAAAGAGCUUAAGGAGGAGCAGUCAGUGUAUGGCAGUGAUGAAGAGAUUGAUGAUCCACCUGAGGUGGGCAGCGAUGAGGAUUUCAGUGAUGAUGGUGACAAGCGAGUCCAUGAUGAGGUAGGCUCAGUGGACGAGGAAUCUACAAAGUCUGAUGAAGAGUAUGAUGAUUUGGCAAUGCAAGACAUGCCGAAAAAUGACUAUUGGUCUGGCAAUGAUGAAGUGUCUAGAGAGAAGCUUGGUCACGGGAGCCAUAGAACUAGGGUGCUGGAAAAUGAGGAACGUCAAAACCAUGGGCUCUACCUCAGAACUAGAAGUGAGCCAGUCCCCGAGUCCUCUUGCUCUUACUCAUCUCUGUUCAUGGAAAACAGUGAGAGGAGAUUACAUCCUGGUGAAGCCAAGUUAAGAAAGCGUUCUCUUAGUAUUCCUGCAUUGGAAAAGGAUGGUUCGGCAAUAAUUGAUCCGAUCCUUUCCGGUACACCUCAAAGGUAGCAUUAGUCUUAACCACCCCCUUUUUCCUCCUGUUUGGCCUCUAGUAGGAGCAUCUAAGCAUCCUUCGAUGCCCUACCUGUAUAGUAAUCCUUAAAAACUUCCACCUUCUACUGCUUUUUUAGUGCUUUUUAUUUUUUGGGUUUGAUGUAAUUGUUGAGCAUGAAAUAAUCAUGACGUUGAUUGAGAUUUUGCUGGGUGGGUGAGCAAGGACAGAACCAGCAGAAUCAAAUUCGGGUAUCUUGAGAUGCAAAAGCGAGCACUCCAAUUGAAACCAGUUCCCACCCUAGCUUUCCCAUUUGAAGUGCAGUGCUCAAUCUAUGUUGAAUAAAAAGUUGAGAAUUGACUGUAUGUUACUCUUAA